AUGAGACUCCUUCGGCUGGGCUUAGCCCGGCUCUCAUUUCUCUUGAUUGCCUUCUUCGUUGCCUCUUCUUAUCAAACAUGCACGUCCGAUGACGAUUGCAGCCUUAAUGGCGUUUGCGGAAAAAAUGGCGUCUGCAAGUGUGAUCCGGCUUGGACUGGUGAUGACUGUGGUGCCCUCGACAUUCGUCCUGCUAAACGGCCAAGCGGCUACAAUCUGACGGCAGAGGGCACAUCAUCAUGGUGCUCCAAGAUCGUCAAGGACCCGUGGGAGAAGAACUUGUAUCAUCUUUUUGCGUCCGAGUUUACACACGGCUGUGGUCUUGACUACUGGGCUCCGUAUAGCCGCAUCAUCCGUGCUGAAUCUCAUACGGGCCCUGCUGGCCCUUAUACCUUUGCCGCUGAGGUUAUGGGAACAUUCGCCCACAACCCAAACGUUGUGUAUAGCCCGGCUGAUCGAGAAUGGCUCCUGUAUUACAUCGGAUGCCCCACGAAUGUAACAACAGACUCCUGCCAGUCACAGAGCUUCACCUGCGGACCAGGAAAUGACAACAAUGGAGAAAGUGGUAUUUCCGUGCUCAGCAGCAAAGAUCUCCGGAACUGGGACUUCAAGGGACAGGUGAUGCAGGGCGACAAUACUGGCGACUGGGAUGCCGAUGUGACCAACCCUGCCCCAUUUCCACUGUACGCCAGCUCUUGCUCGAGGACAGGCGCAUACGCAAAUGGCCAACACUGUGCUGGCCACACCGAUGCCAUGCUAUUGGUCUAUCGAGGCUGUCCGUACAACUGCGGUGGCGCUGAGCAGAUCAACGUAGCCAUCUCAGAGACCGGCUUCGAAGGCCCUUACACAAAGAUCGAGGCAGACCCCAUCUUUAACGAAGGCAACGAAGAUCCAUUCGUCUGGCGCGAUAAGCGAGGCAACUUCCACAUGCUUCUGCAUUCUCUUGAGGCAGAUGGAGGCUUUGGUUCGGGACCCAAGGUCGGCCGACAUGCCUGGGCCAAGAACUAUACCGGGCCAUGGACAUUUGGCAGCCAAACGCUGGCAUUUAGCACCGAGGUGGACUAUGAUGAUGGGACAACCAUCAACUUUUACCGCAGGGAGAGGCCAGAGCUAUACUUUUCCGACGACGGGCUGAUGACGCCGCUGUUGCUUACUACUGGCGUUCAGCCUCAGAAUAGCCCUCAGAGCUACAGCAUUGUUGUACCUCUGGGAGCUGCUGGAGUGAAGGCUCAGGGUAAAUAA